AGGAGGAAGGAGGGACCGUGUCGGUGGGAUGGUCCGGAAAUGCUGUGAUAAAAAGAGGGGCGCGGGGGAAAAGUAGGGAGAAGCUGUGGACUCGUUCCUUCUACCCCGCUCCGCGCCCACAACUUCCCCGGCAACCCUCGGGCACACGGGCGCCGGCCGGAGCCCGCGGGAGACGAAGGAGCCGCAGCAGCCGGCACCUGCCGCAGCCGCCUGCCCCGGCCCGGCCCGGCUCCGCACAGCGCCGGCCGCCCAGCGAGGCUGCCUUCCAAGGAUUCCCAGUCUCUGUGCAUGUGAGGUGUGAAGGUGGGCAGGACCCCAAGCAACAAAUCAUGGAUUUUGUUAUGAAACAAGCUCUAGGAGGGGCUACCAAAGACAUGGGAAAGAUGCUGGGUGGGGAUGAGGAGAAAGACCCAGAUGCUGCUAAGAAAGAAGAGGAACGACAGGAAGCCCUUCGGCAACAAGAGGAAGAAAGGAAAGCCAAAUAUGCCAAGAUGGAGGCUGAAAGAGAAGUUAUGAGACAAGGAAUUCGAGACAAGUAUGGGAUAAAGAAGAAGGAAGAAAAGGAAGCAGAGGCCCAGGCUGCUCUGGAAGCUAAUGCUGAAGGGAGUCUGACACGCCCGAAGAAGGCGAUCCCUCCUGGCUGUGGGGAUGAGGAGGAGGAAGAAGAAGAGAGCAUCCUAGACACAGUCAUCAAAUACUUACCAGGGCCCCUGCAGGACAUGUUCAAGAAGUAAUAGCUGCAGACUGUUAGAUGGGCAUAAACAGUACUGCAAAGGAUUUCUCUUUUGCCCAAUGGGGAUUUAAAUCUUGCCAUUCAUCCCGCAGUCCUCCCCUCCUCUGCCCUCCCUCUACUGCUCACUAGAAGUCCCUUCGCUUCCCAUACCCUUCCAGCUGCCUCUUUCCUCUGCCCCAAGACUCAUCCAUUCCUUAAUUUUGUACAUAGUCACAUCCAGUAGAUGCCUCUGAAUGGAUGUAAAGAUUAAAAAGCUGCAGACUACACAACUUUUAUUAUAAGCCAUAGUACUGUGUAUGUUAAAUACAGCACUGCACAUCAAGCAUAGAAAAGGAACAAUCUCAUUUCCAUCAAAUGCAAGAAUGAGUGUUCACUAAGUAUGAACAGUGGCCUCUUUAAUUUUUUUAAAUGAUCUUAUUUUUAUUAUUAAUAAUAAUUAGUCAUUAUUAUAAUGUUCCUAUUGAUUGGGUCACAUUAGCUUUUUUUUUUUUUUUUUUGAGCACAUCUGC